UAUCAAUGGAGACCAAGAUACCAACGGACCAGAUAGUAAUAACUGAAAUGUAUUUUGAUGGAUUCCAUCGCUCCUUCUCUGACACAGAUGAUUUGGAUACAAUCCAUGAAAGCGACUGCAUAUUUGCCUUUGAAACUCCAGAAAUAUUCCCAUCUGAAGGAAUUCUAGGCCAGAGAGGAAUCUGUGUGAACAAUAACCAGAAUUAUGUGAGGAAUGGGAUUGACCAUAAUCGGUCUCCCCAUUAUUCGUCUGGCUCAACAAGGCUUCCUGUGAACAGGUUUGGCAUUACUGACCGAAUAGUUAUCCUGGUCUGUAACAGAGCAUAUAGUGGACAACAUGGCAAGAGG